CAGAGUGGGCACUGCCCGGGACAACGUCCACAGAGUGGGCACUGCCCAUAGCAACGUCCACAGAGUGGGCACUGCCCAUAGCAACGUCCACAGAGUGGGCACUGCCCAUAGCAACGUCCACAGAGUGGGCACUGCCCAUAGCAACGUCCACAGAGUGGGCACUGCCCAUAGCAACGUCCACAGAGUGGGCACUGCCCAUGGAACUGGCCAAACAGAACGCUCUCAGAAGUGGCGGUAAAAACCGUCGCGAGGCCGGACCAGAGUAGCGGUGCUAGCUGGCUACUGAACCACCUCACACUGCGACUUUAGUCAUUCAACAAUUAACCGAGAUUAUAUACCGGUGUUUAACUGGGAAGGCGAGAGCUACACCAAAGAUACAUCUCACUUAAGGAAAAUGGAAACAGUUGCGGGUCAGAAAGAGAAGGCGAAGUUUGCCCCGCUGGUGCCCCGUGAGAAGAAGCCAGGGCAUGGAGAGAAAGGAGGGGGGAAAAGGAGUGAGAAUAAGUGGAAAGGAGAGGGGGGUGGAAAUAAGGAGAGAAACAUUGAUGUAGGAAAGAAGACAGGAGAAUCAUGUGAAGGAGAGAGAGUAGUAGAGAGCAAGGGUAAGGCCUCUGGGUUAGAGAAGAAAAGAGGAGAACGGAAGAAGAAAGAAGGGAAGAAGAAGACGCCAGAUACAGAAAAAGUGAGGGCUGCAGAUGAAGGGGUUCCCCAGCAACAGGAAGGUAAAGGAGAGAGAGGAGGAGGAGAGGGAGCGAAGGAGAAUAAAAAACAGAAAAAUAAGGAAGACCUAUCCAGGAAGGAAACAGAUAAAGGGAAGGAGGGAAUGAAUGUGAAAAAGAAGAAGAAAGAGAAUGAGAAGGUCAGGAAGGAAGGGAAAGAGACGAAAAAGAAGAGACCGAGGGAUGAGACAGAGAGCAAUAAGGUACUCCCUCUAACAGACAGUCAGUAUGAUGAUAUAUUUGAUAGUGCUACGGCUCUGGAGACAUCUGUAGACAACUGUCUGGAGGAUGCCAGAGCUGUGCUGAGUGAGGUGGAGUUGCUGCAGGCCACCAUUGACCAGGUCUCUCUCAGGGAGGAGGAACAGCCUCCCAGGAGAGUGUCUGGUGAGAGAAAGAAGAGAAGAAGGGAGGAAGAGGAAGACAGCGACUCCAGUGCAGAAUUUGAUCAGUGGGUUCAGUGUAGUAGGUCUGUCUGUGGGAAAUGGAGAAGAGUAGAGAGACACGUUGACCUGGCUGCCCUUCCCAGCGACUGGACCUGUAUACACGACACAGGCCCUGGUCUCUGUGAGGCUACGGAGGACAGCUGGUCGGGACAAGAGUGUGAUGUCAUCAACAGCGGUCUGGUUCCUGGGUCUCUGGUCUGGGCUCAACAGAUUGGAUAUCCUUGGUGGCCAGCGAUAGUGGAGAGAGAUCCAGACACCAAGACCUUCUGCCAGUUCAACAGGAAUACUGACCUGUACCCUUGCAGGUACCAUGUAACCUACCUGGGGGAACCAGUCAGCAGAGCCUGGGUGUGUCGGUCUAAAGUCAGAAAUUACACAGAGCUCACUGAGGAUGCCGCCAUCACGGGGAAGUCUCUCCAGAGAUUCAAGAAGAAGUUGAGAGAAGCUGUCCUCAUAGCAACACAAGCCCAGAGUAUUCCACUCAAGAGGAGGUUGUCUAGGUUUGGGUUCUGGACUCAACAAACAUCAGACAGAGAGAGCUCAGAGGACAGCGAGAUUUCUGAGGUGCUGGAGAUGCUUCUGGACCAUGAAAAGAGCAGGAGGUCAGCAUAUGCCAGAAACAAGAAGUCAGCUGUGGUGAAUGCUGCUAAGAGACAGAGUGAAAGAGAGCAGAGUGAGCCCAGAAAGAAAACCAUGAAACAAGGAGGAAAGAGAGAAGGGAGGAGAGAAGACGAGACUGAAGGGAGGAGAGAAGGAGAGCAGCUUAGAAUAAAAAGACCAGGCGAGAAGGAGGAGGGAGUGUUCAAUAGACUAAAGCCUGUAAAGAAUACGAAGUCAGAGCCAAUUGGAGGGGACCUGAACGAGGGAGGAAAGGGAGUGAAAGAGAGAGCUGGAGAGAAGAAAAGAGGAGAGGAGGAAGGUAAGAAGAGAGUGAUGACUCCCUGGCUCUCCAAACUAAAGAAAGGCAGCGCGACCACGGCCAGACCAGCCUCUCCACCCAGCAAAGACCAGACUGUACUAGAGAGAGAGAGAGAGGAGAAGAGAGGAGUGGAGGAGAAGAGAGAGGGAGACGGAGUAGAGGAGGAAAGAGCGAAAGAGACCAGUAAAGGAGAAGAAAGGAUGGAACUGAGAGAGGAGAGAAGCCUGGAAGAGGAAGAGAAGGAGGAGGAAGAGGGACAUGAGUCUGAUAUAUCUGUUGAGGAGGAGGCAGUGAAAGAGGAGGAAGAGGGACAUGAGUCUGAUAUAUCUGUUGAGGAGGAGGCAGUGAAAGAGGAGGAAGAGGGACAUGAGUCUGAUAUAUCUGUUGAGGAGGAGGCAGUGAAAGAGGAGGAAGAGGGACAUGAGUCUGAUAUAUCUGUUGAGGAGGAGGCAGUGAAAGAGGAAAGGAGAGAAACAGGAGAGGGAGGAGAGGAACAACAGAUCAAGAAAAAGGAGGGAAAGGAGUUUGUACAGUCUGUGUUUGUAGGGGAGGGGGAUGAGGGAGGAGAGGAUGAUUUCCUAGAUGAAGACAUGGAGAUUCUGGGCUGCAGAGAGGAAGUGAUGAAGAGACUAGCUCAGGAACCCAUUCAGGAAGAGGAGGAUGACUUCUCUAUCAUGCUGUUUGAGGAGGAGUAGAGAGAGGGAGGGAAGAGGGGAGUAGGUAACAGUCUAUCUCCUACUGUUCGGGUCAGGAACCGUUUCUGUUUUCUAUUGUUGAUGUAAAUAGUUGAGUUCAGGUAUGUUUGUUAUGAGUUGGGUUACAUUAUUUAAUCAGUUGUAUAAUAUAAUAAACAUUGAAUUAUUAGUUUCUAA